UAGUUUACGCGGUUGUAUUUUGUUUCCUGCUUGUAGUAGUGGUGGUGGAGCUUCUGUUCUCUAUUGUUUGAUCAUGAAGUAAACUCUAAUUGGGUUUAGGAUAAACCUCUGCGUUCAUGGAAACUUCUUGUAAAACAUCAUCCACCACGGGACGUGAUAUGGAUGUGGAGGGAGCAACAGGGGUCAAAGGUCAUGGUCAAGCUGCCUCUGACAUCAUCUCUCUGCCGUCCUACGCCGAGUACCCCUCCACCCGGCCACUCCUCAACACCCGCCUCCCCGCCAGCCCUCGUCCAAUCACAGCCUUCCCUGAGAGCAGCAGUGCAGCCAUCCUCUCUGCUCUGAGGAACCUGCAGGAGAAGAUCCGCCAGCUGGAGCUGGAGAGGAGUCAAGCCCAACAGAACCUGCACGAGCUCAACCAGGAGCACACACACACACACAGCAGCACAGAGCUGGAGUGCCAGUUGGCAGCAGCUGAGUCUCGUUGUCGGUUGCUGGAGAAACAGCUGGAGUACAUGAAGAAGAUGGUCCGCAACGCAGAGAGUUCUAGAACGUCUUUACUUAAACACCAGGUGUCAUUGGAGAGGUCGGGGGUGGUGGAGCAGGAGGAGGUUCGUCAGAAACUGGAGAAACUGGACAUGCUGGAACAAGAAUACCAGAGACUAACACACACACAGAACCACGCAGAGAGUAAGAUCCGCGAGAUAGAGAAUAAACUUCUGGAAGAAGAACACCACAGGAAACUGAUGCAGGAUAAAGCAGCUCAGUUACAGACAGGUCUGGAGGCCAAUCGUAUCCUGCUUCAGGCAGUGUCGCCACGCCCACGCAAGUCAGCAAAGCCCAAGAAGAAGAAGAAGGCUUUGCGGCAGCAGGAGUCUCCUUCAGAGCCCCACUACAGGCUCAGUCUCAGAGAUGUACCAUUUGUCACGGGAACGUCCACAGGUGUGAGUCACUCGGUGCGUGCUAACGUCCAGCACGUCCUGCACCUUCUGAAGCAGCACCACCGGCAGCUGUGCAACAGCAGCGUGCUUGGGGCUACGCCAUUGGCUGCCUCCAGCGCCCGACCCCACACAGCAGCCAAUGGGAAGGGCUCGUCAGGGCAGCACAGCAGUAGCUCCUCCUCUUCCUCUUCCUGUGAGGAUCUGUCAGAGCUGCUGGCGGCCCUACAGGACGAGUUUGGACACAUGAGCCUAGAGCAUCAGGAGUGUGUGCGGCGACUGCAGCGUUGUGAUGUGAGCAGUGUGCGGAUGGAGCUGGAGAGGCAGCAGGAGAGGAUGCUGAAGAAGAUGAAGGACAAGGGGGAGCAGAUCGCCACGCUGCACAGACACCAGGCCCAGGUGGAGCGGCUAUGA